CAGGCAAGCGGCUAUUGGAGCCACUAGGUUCAAUCUGUGAUUUAUAACUGAGUUCUGGCGGUCAGUGUUUGUCUGUAUGACAGCGAUCACAACUAAGUUCUGGUGAUCUACAUAUGUGCAUGUGAAAGGGAUCAUAGUCCCAGCCCUGAUGCUUUUGUCUGUCGAAGAGAGAACAUAACUGAGUGCUAGUGGUCGAUAUACGAAAAUUAGGCCGGUCACUUCGUACCUGGUCUGUGCUCGCUCCUGAACAAGUGCCAGUCUGCAUCAGAGGGUUCCGGUCUUCAUAGACCAGAAUGGAGCCUAUAAUAACAUCUAAGUUGUCAUUUAUACAACCACAAGGAGCAGUGAAUGACGAGCAGGAUAUACCUGCUGUGGAGGAUUUUGAAGACAUUAGAAAGGAUUUGAUUAUUGAACUUUGCCAAGAAGAAAAUAAAAAUGCAUCACAUGUGGCUAUUCAACGAAAAUGUUUGCAUUCAAAAGAUCAUAUGUGUGUUCAUCUUCGUAUCAGACCUUUUACUGAAGCUGAAGUUGCACAAAAUGAAUCUCAGGACUGUGUAUCAAUAGAAAACUCAACUAGUGUGAUCUUGAAGCCACCGCGAAUAUCAGGCUCCAGAUGUAGUGAUCGAGGAAUUGGCCAAUUAGCGCAAUGCUUUUCAUUUACACACGUAUAUGGUCCAGAAACCAAACAAAAAGAACUAUUUGGAGCAGUAAAACCACUUAUUAAGGACAUUCUGAAUGGCCAAAAUGCUUUGGUUUUUACUUAUGGUGUUACCAAUGCAGGAAAAACGUACACAUUUCAAGGGCCAGAUCAUGAUAUGGGUAUCGUGCCACGGUCAUUGAGUGUGCUAUUCAAGAGUAUUGAAGGAAAGAUUUGUACAAGUAUGAAUAUCAAACCACAGAGAUGCACAGACUUCACUAGAUUAACAGAAAUGCAAGUGAAAGAAGAGGAAGCUUUUAAAAAAUCAGUACUUCAGCUGUUUAGAGAGAGUGAUUCAUGCAAUGGGUGUAGUCAACUUAAUUCACUAGAUUCUUCAGAAGCAGGAAGUUUGCUAAAGCCACUUGCUACCUUAGGAGAUUUUGCUGAACCAGUUGCUGUUGAUGCACCAGAAAGGAUUAGAUUUUCAGUCUGGGUUUCAUUUUGCGAAAUAUACAAUGAAACUCUUUAUGAUUUACUUGAUCUGGUACCAUAUAAAUGCCAGAAAAGAAAAGUACUUCGAUUUGCACAAGAUACAAAAGGCAACACCUAUGUGAAAGAUUUGAGGUGGAUUCAAGUUUCCAAUGCAGAAGAGGCAUAUAAAAUAUUAAAGCAAGGCAGAAAACAGCAAAGCAUUGCUUCCACAAAAAUCAACAAUCUUUCAAGUAGAAGCCAUUGUACUUUUUCAAUAAGAAUUUUGCAUGUCGUAGAUGGUGGACCUCAUGUUUCAAGAGUCACUGAGCUAUCUCUUUGUGAUCUUGCGGGAUCAGAGAGGAAUACAAAAACAAAGAAUGAUGGGGAAAGAUUGAAAGAAGCUGGAAACAUUAACACUUCUUUGCUGAUUCUUGGAAAAUGCAUCAAUGCUUUGAGACAUAAUCAAAUUUCAAAAACACACAAUCAUGUUCCAUUUCGGGAAAGUAAGCUUACUCGCUACUUCCAGGGGUUUUUCUGUGGGAGAGGAAAAGUUUGUAUGAUUGUUAACAUCAAUCAGUGCGCUUCAAUGUAUGAUGAGACACUUAAUGUAUUGAAGUUUUCAGCAAUGGCACAAAAGGUUCUUCUCAAUAGUUCAAGGCUUCAUCCUGCACACUCGCUUCCAAAACGAUCAGCCAGGGAUCUUUCAUUGAUCAUCAACAAUGCUGAAAAUGAAUCAUCGUCAUUUGCAAAAAGACAAACUAUGUCUUGGGAUGCUACACUGGAGGAUGUUGCUGAAGUGGAGGAAGGGGAUACUGAGAUAACUAAUGCAACUGAGGUAAAAGAUGAGGAAGAGGAAGAGGAUGAGGAUGAAGAUGAUGAAGAGGAAGAAGAGACAAUAGUAAUAGGAAAAAACAACUAUGAGAAGUUACUUCUUUGUAUACAAGACCUGAAAAACAAGUUAAUUGAAGAAAAGAAACAAAAAGUGAUCUUAGAAAAGAACAUCCGGGAAGAAGUCCACCAAGAAAUGGAAAAAUUCAUGCCUCAGUUUGAAAACUAUUUGAGAGAAAAAGAAGAAAAUCGGUUAACUGAGGACAGAAUUGAACAGCGCAAUGAAAUCUUUAAAAAUUUGGUCAAGGCAUGUGUUGCUAUUGACCAGAAUGAAGAUUCCAUUACUGAAGUCAAUGCUGAACUAGAUGGCAAUCCGGAGAGUUUGUUUAAAACUAAAGUUGUAAAAUGCAUCAACUUGUUGGAACCAGAUGUAGCUGAAAUUAAGAAACAAGCUGAAAUGAUUCAUCACCAUCUAGCAACUGCUCCCGAAACUCAGGAAGCAAUUAUGCUUCUGGAAGCUAAUUUGGCUUGUGUCACUCAACAGCUUAACCAAACACAAGAAACACUGAAGAAGAAAACUUUUGAAUUGGAGACACUUGAAAAAUUGACUGAAGCUGCAAAAUUGAAGCAAACAUCUAAGAAUGAAGAGAUCCAAUGCUUGAAAAACUAUUUGGAGCUCAAGGAUGCUGAUCUGAAUAAAAUGAAAAAUCUGCUUGCAAGUUACGGAGAACGAAUUGAAAGUUAUGAUGCAACUAUUGAAGACAUUCAAGAAAUAUUGGAAAUGGGUAGCAGUACUGAAGAUAUGAGCGUAGAACUGGUGAAAAAUCCUUCAACUACUAGUAGAAAAUGUAAUUUUGGUAGUACCUUUGAAAGGAAAGUCCAGCUGCCUUCCAAGAAAGGUCCAGAUUACAAAGGCUGUAUCAAUGUGAAGACUCUAAAAGAGAAAGCCGAUGAAAUAAGGAAGGAACUACUUCAUAAAGAGAGGACAUUAAUGACAUUAAAAGGAGAAGUACAGUCUUUAGAUCGACAAUUGGCUUCAACCAAAGAGGAACUCAACAAUGAACAAACAUCCAGGGAAAGACUGAACAAACAGGUCAAGAGCCUUCAAUUGGAGCUUGCUUCUUCAGCUGAGACUAUUUUGAAACUAACUGAAGAGAAUGCAAAUCAAAGUUCAAAUUACGAAAAACUGCUAUGCGAGUUCAAAUCUGAGAAGGCAUUGAACGAACAACAUUCUGACAAAACUAAACAGCUCCAACUUGAGAUAGAGUUAGGUAGGCAUGAAGUAACACAGAGAGAACUGCAAAAUAAAGCUUUGGAAGAUAAAAUAAGCAAGUUAAAUGACUUACAGAAGGAAUCAGAAUUGUGUGCUAUGGAUCUGAAAAACAUCCAGGAUUUCCUGGAAAGGGCAGUUGGAGAAUCCCUGAAGGAAACAACUGAAUUUGAAUCGCUACAGAAUCCAGUAUCUGUGCUUAGACACGAACUAGAUACAUCAGAACAUAUGGUGCAAAAACGAGACAGUGGUGAAUUUCGCAAAACCGUUGCAACACUGCAGAAGGAGUGUGAGCAUAUUGUAAAGGUGUCAUGCCAAAAAAACCUUCAAAUUCGAGAACAAAAAUUAAGUAUUGAGGCUUUGAAAAAACAAAUGGCAGAUCUGCAAACUGAAUGUACUAAAUUAAAAAUAAAUGCUGCUUCAGCUCAGAAUUUGCUUAAAGAGAAGGAUGCUCACCUUCAACAGUGGAAAGACAAGUUUGAAGAAACUGAAAGUAAAAUGCAGGCUUUAAUACAAAGCAAAGAAAAUAUUGCAGAAUUUCGCAAAGAAAUUGAAGAUCACCAACAUAAAAUAAAAGCUCAGGAGUUACAAAUCUUAAAAAGUGAAGUUAAUUUAACUCUAUGUGAAGAACAAUUGAAAGAGAGAGAUAACAUCAUUGCAAAUUUGCAAAAUAAUUUGCAACAAGCAGAAAAGAAAUUCCAUGACUUGGAAAAAUGUGUCAGUGACUUGAAACUGCAAGAAAUUAGAUUGAAUGAAGAAUUCAGUCAAUAUCAAAAUGAUUGGCAUGUUUUAAAGGAAACCUUAUCCCAGAAGGAAGAACAACUGGAAAGUAAACAAUUAGAAUUGGUUCAGCUAAGAAGUGAGCUCUCUGAUGUCUCCUCAAAAUAUCAAAGAUUGGCAGUUGACCUGCAAAAUAAAGAAGAAGAAUACAGUGAUCUCAAGGAGAAAUAUACAGAUGCCAAAAAACAGAUGCAACAGGUAGAGAAGGAGAUUUCUUCAAAACGUGAGGAGUCAACCUCUCUGAGAAACAAAGUUCAGGAACUUGACAGAAUGAAGAAUCAAAUGUCUCAGGAGCUUGAAGCUAAAGAGCGGAUGAUCCAACAGAUUAGGAAGUCAUGUCAUAAUGAAGCAGACUGCAGAAAGAAGAUAGAAAUAUUAACAAUCUCCUUGGAUGAAAAGGACACUGCUUUAAAGAAAUUGACAAAGAAUUUGGAAGAAUGUAACAGCCUACAAGUGAAAGAGCACCAGGGUUCCAAAGAAAAUCAAGCAACCCAGGGUUCCUGCUUCAUGUUAACUGAUAGCAAAGCAGAAGAAGCUGUACAACUUUUGCAAACAGCUUCCAAAGAACUUCAGAUAAAAGAACAAAUAAUUAAAGAUAUGAAAAUUGCAUUGACUGAACAAGAUCAAACCCAAGCUGAGCAAGAUGAAGCUCUUGAGGCCAAAUUGAAAGAGAUUGAAGAAUUGAAUGCAGAAUUGGAGAAAUGGAUAAAGUGUGCCAAAGAAUUUGAGAGGAGGUAUGACACACUUGAACACAGCCAGUUGUUGAAAAAUGCAAGUGGAGAUCACCAUACAGAAUCUGGACCACUUCAGAAAGAAAUUGAAGAUUUAAAGCAGCAGUUGGUGGAAUUGGAAGAUGAGCAGAAAUGUAAUCGUAAGAAAUGGUUAAAUGAAAAAAUGAUGCUCCUUAAACAAGCAAAGGAAGCUGAAGAUCGGCGCAACAAGGAAAUGAGAAAAUGGACAGAAGAAAGAGAGCAUUAUUCGAAGUUACAAUUAGAAAUGGAGAGACUUACAUCUGAGGUCAUCGAGAAGGAUGAGGAUUUGCAGAAAUGGCGAAAAGAGAGGGACAACUUGGUAAAGGAGCUUGAAGUGAAGCUGGGAGAUCUUAUAACCAGUAAUAAACAAAAAGAUGAAGAAAUAGAAAGACUCAAGGCUUCCUCAAAAGAGAACCUAGGCGAGUUGGAAACUGUCCUCGAUUCUUCAGAAAUCUCAACAGACGAUGGAGAAAAAGCAAGUCGGUUUCCGAAACCCCAAUUGGAGAUUCAAUUAACACCUCUUCAACCAAACAAAAUUUCAGUGAAAGAAUCAAGUGGAAAUUUGGUCACCAUGAAAGUGCCCAAAUCUACCAGGAAAAGAAAAAGCUCCGCCCUAGAGGAGGAUGUGAAAAAUACAGCUGGUCGACUUAGAAAACAAGCCUCUAGAUCAAGCCUCGGGUCACGCCAAAAGAAAGAUGGAACACUGCAGAAAAUUGGAGGCUUAUUGCAAAGUUCCCCAACAAUUCUACAGAACAAAGCCAAAAAGUUAAUGGAAACCUUAAGCUCCCCCAAGCAUCCAGAAAUGGAAACUUCAUGUAAUAGUGAAGUAAGGCCUAAAAGAUCAAGAAGGAAACUGUACAAGCAAGGUAUAUCGUCUCCCUUGAAUUUCCCAUCACAAACGAUAAUAGAGAUGAGUGAAAAAGAAAGUGAUCAUUCAAUCAUGAAGAGACGAUUACGCACAAGAACAGCUAAAAUGGCAAAAUGAUCUUUCUCUUUAGAUGAGGUUGUUUGUAUUUUUUUAAACUAUAAUCAUUGUACUUUAUGGGGAAGUUUCAUCUGAGGAUAUGUAUGUAUUAUGUUUGGCGCUUUUGAUUUAACAUUGCACAUGUACAUAUUCUAAUUGCAUGUAAAUCAAUAUCUCAAUGAAACCAUUCUGAACAACAAUUGGAACAAUAAAUACCUGGAAAAGUCA